AUGUCAUGUACAACAGUUCAGCUGAUUGAAUCUCAUGGUGAAAGAUGGACGGAGGAGCUGAGGGCGGACCUCCCUCACAGUUUUCAGAGGCAUGGAGAGGAGAACUGCUUCUCUCCACCACUAUGGAAGAACAUGGGUACUCAAACUCAACCACACUUUUCUUUAGAACUAGGUGUGCAAACAAAUUCACAAAAACAUGUCACAUUGCUGACAGUGAACCUGGGUCUCAUAUCAAGCUCUGAGGACAGCUGGCCUGUUGCCUUGAAGAGAACAACUGGGGGCCUUUUGCACAUUCACAACGUUACCUCAGCGUUACCGAACACAGCAAUCAAUGAUGCUUCUGGGAAGAAAUCUGACAGAGAGGCGUGGCAUGUCUGGGCUGAUGACACAGCAAAACACAUCACUUUUCUUUUAAAGGACACCACUGGAGCACAGUGGACAACAAGCAUCCAGCACAUAGAACAUGUGAAGUCCUAUGCACCUCAUGUUCACCAUGUUGUGCUGGACUUGGCGUGCAGACCGUCCUGAGCUGAGGGGAUGAACACAGAAACACUACUGUAUUCAUCUUUACACAAACACUACACUAACUCCAGUCUCUACCCUAAGCCCCUGAACCCUCCCAGAUGUAAUUGACCUUGUUAGUACUUGAGUUAUCUAGGCUGCAAAGCUUUAAAUGGUAUAAACAGAAAUGGGAACAAUUUGCUGCAGAAUAUCAUGUUACCAUAAUGCCACCAAAACAUGUAAAAUAGGCCUACAUUUGUGGAUUUUAGACUUUUUAUAUUACAUUUUUUACUUUAUUUAUGACGAAUGCACUGAUUUUAAUGUAUUAUUAGCUCUUGAUGUACAGAGGGGACAAAAGUUAAUUGUGAAAAAAAUAAUUUACUUUAAACAGAAUUACGAAGCAAACAAAAAUAAUCAUUGAAGAAUAAACCAGUUUUGCUUGUGCUAAUAGUUUCACAUGUUUUUAUACCACCCUAUCUCCUUUUUUAUAUUGCGUUUCUUUGUACAUUUAGGCUUCCAGACUUCCCCUGGUAACCCCAUGUAUCAAUGUCACAAAGAUAUGAAUUGUGAGUUAUCUCCUCAGGCAAAGUCUGCAGAAAUUUGGAUUUACGAGGUCAUGCACUUCAAAAUGUGGGAAAACUCUGAAGAGUGUGGACAUUGGGAUUGGGCCGAUGUUUAUUCCACCUGUAAGGGAGUACAAAUCAGCCGCUGCAGUGUUUAUAUAAACCUUUAUUUAUCCAGGGCAGGUUCACAGAACAUAGAUGUUCUUUCUUUCUUUAUUUAGAAACACCGUGCUUCACAGCCAUGCAAAUACAAACCAAUCUGGAGGCUGCCAAGCCACCGGCUCCACAGUUAUAUCUUUUGUGGUGGGUUUAGGGCACUUAUGGUUGGUUGAAAUGAAAUGUUGCAGACAUGAACAUCUGUGUGCUGGUGAUCACAGGAACACCCAGAUCUAUACAACUCACCCCAAGAAAUUAAAAGAGGACAUAAAUCACAUAUGAACAUACAGUAUUAAUCAGACGUAAAUAUACCAGUGGAACCCCUACACUGUAUAUAAAGGUGGAACCUUAGAGGGCAGCAGCCAAUUGAAUCAAUACUAAAUAAUUAAUUCAAUACCACAUCACAGUUUCACUUCUGAGCUUAAGACAGGUGAAAAAUUAAACGUACAAUCGCAAAAAGCUCCAUAAAAUGUGCUUUCAUCAGUGGGCCAUUUUCAAAAGAAAAUCAACAAACAGCUUAUCAAGUGUUUCCAUGUGAUAUUAUUGUUGGCCCCACAGUCCCAAAGACAACUGGAUCACUUGACAUCUUUCUCAGAAGCAGCUACUACAAAGAAAUUCUGCAACUGAUGCAAACCAUAAAGAUAAAAAUAAGAUAUAUUAAAAUAAAUUGUAAUUAAUUCCCAAUCCUGCUCAGAGUACAGUCCACAGCGCUUCUUCCAAAAGCACGGGUUCUCUCCUAUUUCUGUGCAGGCAGUCCCUCCCUCCAAGCAACUCACAUAUCCACUGAGCUUUAUGCAAAUUAAUAUGUGAAUGAGUAUGCAAAUAAGCACAUUAUGUGGAGAGGCAACUCUUGGUCGCUUUUAUUGGAAAAGAGUUGGCAAAAUGUUCCCACAA